GUCCAUUUGGAAGGAAGUGGAGGUGUGGCGAAUUUGGAAGUAAAGCAGCGAGGAAAUGUGAGUAUGGCGCGUGAUGGUUCUUUUGUGGUGAAUUUACAGGAACAAGCUCGGGCAGCGUUUACCGUAAAAAAUAAAGGGAUAAGGGACGCUUUUGUGAAAGUAAUAGUGAAAGAUAGGCAAACAGGUUCCCAAGUUAGUGACGUUGAGAUUGUGCCACUUGACUCUGUGGUAGUCCUUCGCGACCAAUCACAGAAAUUCGAAGUACAUUUGUUGACUGAUCUUAAGAACAGCCAUUCGUUUUCACAAGUUACAUCUGCGUCUAUGCUGUCUAGCUCUUCUUCCGCCUCACGUUAUCUAGUACAGUUGUUAUGGGGUCAGGAGGCUCAGAGACGAAGAUUGAAAAAGCAAGUGAAGUUUAGAGCUUGUGUCACUUCUAACUUGGAAGAGAGAAGUGGAAGGAAAUGCCUUAUUGGUGGUCUUUCGUUUACAAAUUCCAAAUAUUUAAAUGAGGAAAAAUCAAAGAAAACCGCAGCGGAAAAUAAAGAAUCUGGAAUGUUUGAUGUUGGAGCAUUUGAACUGGGAUUACGUUUUAUUAACAUAGCAUUGGUUGAUAAUCGUUUCCUGAUGUCAUCGGGACGUUUGUCUAGUAUUCCACCUUCAGAAAGUGUUUUGCUUGAACCAGAUGAAACUUUGACCAGUGCAUUUUUGAACGACACUGUUGUCCAAGAUGUUACGAUGAUGGAGAGAAGGAAUUGA